AACUGUUCCUCAACGUUGACUCGGAUGCUGGAGUUGAACGUUGAACAGACAUUUCGACUUUAAUCACAACUGUCUUAUUCCUUGCGUCCCCAAGUUCUCUCGCUCAUUCAGACCAGCUUCCCGAAUGCAGACGCUCUCAAGUCUCUUCCGCAAAACCUCCGUGCGACGCAUAUCGUGUCAGUUUACGAGCAGUCAUUGCAGGACCGCUGUUCAGCAAACACAAUGCCGUCAGCUAUCGAGCCACAGUCCUCGCAGAGCCCCUCGUUAUGUUCGAUUCCAAGUCGAUCCAGAUCAUCCCUUCGACGUCAGUAGAUGGAACUUGCAAAUGAAGGUCGUCGUCGGGGUGCUAUUGGGUGGUGGUGUGUACUACGUGGUGCACCUGGAACAAGUACCUGAAACCGGGAGAUGGCGCUUCAUGGAUGUGAGUCCAAAGUUUGAAGCCAAGCUGGCGAAAACCGCUCACGAUCAGCUCUUACUAGAGUACAAGGGCAAGACGCUACCUCCAAAUCAUCCCAUAACGCGCCAUGUUCGACGAGUAGCUACGCGGAUCCUUGAAUCUUCAGGUCUAGGCACUCUCGAGUCUGAGGACACAGCAUAUCUGCAUCAUGCGCCUCCCAGGGAUAAUCAAUGGCUCCCUACUUCACACGCUGAACUACCCCCAGGCAUUGAAGGAAAGGAAUGGAACUUGAUGGUCGUGAAUGACGAUAGAGUGCCAAAUGCUAUGUGUGUCUUUAGAAACAUCGUUGUCUUUACGGGUAUUCUACCUGUAGCGAAGGAUGACGCAGGUUUAGCUGCCGUCUUGGGACAUGAAAUUGGGCAUGUGGUCGAACGACAUGUGAUCGAACGCUACUCCUCGAUGAAAGUGCUCCUCUUUAUGGUAUCCAUGCUUGUUAACGUCAUUGGAGUUGAUAUCGGGCUCGCACAACUUUUAUCCUCGAUUAUGUAUACUUUGCCCAACACGCGCAAACAAGAAUUCGAAGCAGAUGAAGUCGGCUUGAAAUUGAUCGCCAAAGCGUGUUAUGAUCCAGCUGCAGCUACGGAGAUGUUCAAGCGUCUUGGUCAACUCGACAAGAGCGAGGACACGGAAAUGAUUCACAUGCCGUUUCUUAAAACGCACCCGCCGUCAGAAGCUCGCGUGCAGCGGUUAGAAGCUUUGCUACCGACCGCCUAUCAGAUUCAAGCUGAGAGUUCAGCAUGUAACGAUGUCCAAGACAGCUUGACGGCGUUCAGGCAGGCCUUCGUUCAGAGGCCGUUCGGGAGUGCAGAUGAAACGGCGAUCUGGGGCUGGGCCUAGUAGGUUUAAUUUAUGUCUUCAUACCUCCCCUUCCUGUUAGAUCGUCGACUGGCAAUAAGCAUGCGGUACAGAAAUUGUCCAUCUGAAAUAGGAGUACAGUAUGCAGACCGAGUAAUGUCCUGUAUUUUUCGUUAACAUUCCAGUGUAGGCUGUAGCAGACAUCGCCUCCGUGAACAAGGGACCGCUAUAUGUUCUCGCGCUCUGGCGUGAAA